AUGGAGGAGGAGGCCGCGAAGGUGGAGGUAAUUCGUGCUCCCAAGAGGCACAGAUCUGUGGGAAUCGCUGACCAGCAAGUACCACCAAGGGUCAACGACAAGGAGCGGGGAAGUCUUGAUGACCUAGAUCUCAUUAGCCACCUCCCCGAUUUCUUGCUUGGAACCAUCAUCUCCCUCCUUCCCACCAAGGAUGGCGCCCGCACGCAAUCCAUCUCUCGUCGGUGGCGUCCUCUCUGGCGCUCCUCCAAUGCGCCUCUCAACCUUGGCGCAGAUAAUAAUCUUUGUGACACCAAUUCGCGUGUCGCGCUGGUCUCCAGGAUCCUCUCCGACCAUCCCGGCCCGGCCCGUCGAAUCUCGCUGCACCUCAUCUUCUUCCCCAACAUCCUAGGCGAGGUCGACGGUUGGUUUCACUCCAGGGCGCUCAUUGGUCUCCAGGACCUCGAGGUCACCAACUUGAAGAGGACGAACCACUACCCGCUGCCUCCGCACUCGCUGACACGCUUCGCGCCCACACUGUCUGUGCUUAGGCUUGGCGGCUGCCAAUUCCCCGGCCUGCCUGCGCUGGCAAGUUUUUCGCACCUCAAGCAGCUCAUCCUGUUCGAUGUUGGCAUCUCAGAGGACUCUUUGCAAAACAUGAUCUCCCGAUGUGUUGUUCUGGAAAGUGUCUCACUACAUAACAUGGGCUUUGGUCGCCUUUGUAUUAGCUCGCCCACUCUCAAGAGCAUCGGCUUCUAUGCUCCUCGCGCCAAAGAUGCCAUCACCUUCCAUGAGCUGGUCAUUGACGAUGCACCUUGCCUUGAGAGGUUGCUACCGAUUUAUCCAGAUGAUGGUCCGGUGACCAUACGAGUCAUCCGGGCUCCUAAAUUGGAGGUACUUGGUUUUUUGUCUGAAGGCAUAUCUACACUCCACCUUGGAACCACAGUCUUUCAGAAAAUGAUUGCUGUCACCAUGACAACCAAAAUGCGCUCAGUGAGGAUUUUGGUUCUUGAAUCUAGUCCUAAUCUGGAUUUAGUUAUUGACUUCCUCGUGUGCUUCCCCUGCUUGGUGAAGCUCUAUGUCAUUUUGAAUGCAGGAAAGAAUGUGAAUAUUGUGCGGAAGUAUGAUCAACUUGAUACAAUUGAAUGCCUUGAACUCCAUCUAAAAGAAGUGGUUCUCAAGAAUUACUGCGGUGGUUAUAGGCCAUUUUUUGACUUUGCCAAGUUAUUUCUUUUGAAUGCGAAAGUGCUGAAUAAAAUGGAAAUCGGAGGCUCUUAUUACCACAAUGACGACUGUUAUUUAAGGCUGCUACAAGUGGAGAAUAGAGCCUCUCAAGAUGCACGAAUUGAAGUAAACAGAAAUAUAUUCACUCGCCACGUACAUACCCAUGAUUUGUCAAUGGCUGAUCCCUUUGACUGA